CCAAAGUCGUUCUUUACGACCACUGGAAGAAUACCGACCAGAAUUCCUCCUUCCGUCAUCCGCCUCGGCUUCUUGAAUGAAUCCAUUCAUUUCUUCGAUACGGUCUCCGUGUCAUUGGCCGCCGCCGAGCAUCUGGGAGUGGGAGUGACGCCGCCGUCCCGGAUGAACGGCCGCGAUUUAUCCCAAAAUCGGGCCGUGUCCGUGGCGACGGCGGAUCAAGGCCCAUCGCAGCGCGAUGGCAGAGUGGUGGCAGGCGCCUUGGAACUCGCGGUGGUGGACGCUCCGACGGCAUCGGCCGGCGGCGACAUGGUGAGCUCGAGCGCGGCAGAGCAGAAAGGGAUCAGCAUUUUAAAUUCUCAGGCAUCUCCUGCUCCAAUGGGCGAAUAUGGCGGUCCGGAUUACCAUGGCCUCCUCGAAGGAGCUGCAAGAGCGAGCAAUAUUGGGAAGGUCUCAAUCAUACCUCUUGUAUUCUUAAUCUUCUAUGAGGUCUCUGGUGGUCCAUUUGGCAUAGAAGACAGUGUUCAGGCUGCCGGUCCCCUCCUAGCCAUCCUUGGUUUUCUGGUUUUCCCCUUAAUAUGGAGCAUCCCGGAAGCACUGAUCACUGCCGAGAUGGGCACCAUGUUCCCAGAGAAUGGAGGCUAUGUCGUGUGGGUCUCUUCUGCUUUAGGUCCAUACUGGGGUUUCCAGCAAGGCUGGAUGAAAUGGCUCAGUGGUGUAAUAGACAAUGCUCUAUAUCCAGUUCUUUUCUUAGACUAUCUGAAGUCCACAAUCCCAGCUUUAGGGGGUGGCAUCCCAAGGGCUUCUGCAGUGCUAGGCUUGACAGCAUUGCUAACUUUCAUGAACUAUAGGGGCUUGACCAUAGUUGGAUGGGUUGCUGUUUUUCUCGGGGUCUUCUCGAUCCUCCCUUUCAUCAUUAUGGGGCUCAUGGCUAUUCCAAAACUCAGGCCUAAGAGAUGGCUAGUGGUUAAUCUGCACAAUGUUGAUUGGAAUUUGUAUUUGAAUACACUCUUUUGGAAUCUCAACUACUGGGAUUCGAUCAGUACUUUGGCAGGGGAGGUCGACAAUCCAUCAAAAACAUUACCGAAGGCUCUCUUUUAUGCAUUGAUUUUAGUUGUAGUCGGGUACUUGUAUCCCCUCUUGGCGGGCACAGGAGCUAUUCCACUUGAUAGGGAGUUAUGGACAGAUGGCUAUUUCUCUGAUAUUGCGAAGAUUCUUGGCGGGGUCUGGUUGACAUGGUGGGUGCAGGGGGCGGCAGCAUUGUCCAACGCAGGGAUGUUUGUUGCUGAAAUGAGCAGCGAUUCUUAUCAGCUUCUUGGUAUGGCAGAACGGGGAAUGCUCCCAGAGUUUUUCAGCAAGAGGUCCCGUUAUGGGACUCCUCUCAUUGGGAUCGUGUUCUCUGCCUCCGGUGUCCUUCUGCUGUCCUGGCUGAGCUUUCAGGAGAUUGUUGCUGCUGAAAAUUUUCUUUACUGUUUUGGAAUGUUAUUGGAGUUUGUGGCAUUCAUAAGGCUAAGAAUAAAGUAUCCGAGGGCAUCUCGACCGUAUAAGGUGCCUCUAGGGACAAUUGGUUGCAUCUUGAUGAUCAUUCCUCCUACUCUGUUGAUAUUUGUGGUGUUAGCUUUUUCCUCUCUCAAAGUAAUGUUUGUAAGCCUCGCAGCGGUGAUUAUUGGACUUGUUUUGCAACCUUGCCUGCGGUACGUGGAGAAGAAGCAGUGGUUAAGGUUCUCGAUAAGCCCUGACCUUCCUGAUUUUGAAGCCCCUGGAAAUGAGAAUGCUGCUGAAUCUCUGAUAGAGUAGUUCAAUUGUCUUUGGUGAGCGCAUUGACACACCUUGUGCAUGGAGUUUGAUGCAUGCUGCUUGAACACCACUUCGUGUUCUACAGAGCUGAAACUAUUUAAUACUAGAUAUCUCUGUAUACAAUACUAGUACCAAAUCACAUGUCACUGUUGGUUUAUAUGCAUGUAGUUUAAGGGAAGCAUCAUAGGAUUUUCAUCAUGUUGAGACUGAGACGAAGAUCUCUCCUUGUUUUCUAGCUGUUUUUAUGAUAAGUCUCAUCUUUUAUUGCAUGAUGAUAGUCUGAUGUAGUUCAGUAUUGGUUUUCGGAUUCAUGAGACAUGUGAUGAUCGUUGUGACCACGAUUUACGUAAUCUGAUAUAGUAGUCUAUUU